ACUACAUCGCCGCAUGACGACGGCGAUGAUGAUGGUGGUGGUGGUGGUGGUGGUAAUGAAACGGAAUGGAGUCGAGCAGGGUGGAUUAAGUCUGCACAAUGAAUGACAGGUACCACAAAGCGGCCCGGGAUGGCUACCUGGACCUGCUGAAGGAGGCGACUCGGAGGGAUCUCAACGCGCCGGAUGAGGAUGGCAUGACACCGACGCUGUGGGCUGCUUAUCACGGCAACCUGGAGGCUCUGCGGCUGAUCGUGGCGAGGGGAGGAAACCCUGACAAGUGUGACAUAUGGGGGAACACACCGCUCCACCUGGCAGCUGCCAAUGGUCACCUCAACUGCCUUUUCUUUCUGGUGUCUUUCGGUGCCAACAUUUGGUGCCUGGACAACGACUAUCACACGCCACUGGACAUGGCCGCCACAAAGAACCACAUGGAUUGCGUCCGCUACCUGGAUACCAUCGCCACCAAGCAGACAGGCCUCAACACGAAGCUGGUCAGCAAGAUGAGGGACCGGGCGUUUCGUGAAGCAGAGCGGCGGAUCAAGGAGUGUGUGAAGAUGCAGAAGAAACACCACAAACGCAUGGAGCGGAGGUUUCAUAGGGAGACCUCUGAGGCUUCGGCUUCAGAUGUCAUGAGCUUUUCCAGUUACACCAGCAGCUCCAUUAGCCACAAGCUGCACAACUUAAAUGCAACCACAGUCAGUGUGCCAUAUUCCCAGGCUACUCUUCAUGCCACAAACCGAGGGAAGACAAAGAUUCAGAGGAAGCUGGAGAAGAGGAAGCAGGGAGAUGGGACAUUUAAAAUCUACGAGGACGGGAGGAAGAGCGUUCGCUCCCUCUCUGGACUUCAGCUGGGCAACGAUGUCAUGUUUGUCAAACAGGGGACUUACGUCAACCCAAAGGACCGUGGCCGCCGCAAUGUCCGUGACAUGUUCCCCAGAGAAAACUACGAUGCCAUUUCACGUGCCAUUAGUGAGCCGGACCUCCACGGGCCCGACGUGGACUACUCUGAGAUCAGCACAGACUCGGGACACGACUCCCUGUUCAAUAGGCCCGGUUUGGGCACCAUGGUCUUUAGGAGGAACUAUGUGAGUGGGGGGAUGUUUGACAUCGGUGGUCGGGAUGAGGACAGUGCAGACCGAUCAGGCAAUAACGUGCGUUUACGCAGUCGGCUGCAGCAUUACCCGAGUGCAGAUGAAGACAGCAUCGGCAGUGCACGCAGCCUUCAAGAGAGGAAUGUGGAGGAGCUGCCCUGGGAAGACGUGGAAUUAGGGCUGGACGAUGAUGAUGAGGCCACCACGAGUCCUCUGGAGGUCUUCCUCGCCGCACAGAGCAUGAGUGACUUCUUCUCCAUUUUCAAGAGGGAGAAAAUUGACCUUGAAGCACUGUUGCUGUGCUCUGAUCAUGACCUUAAGAGUAUCCACAUCCCCUUAGGCCCAAGGAAGAAGAUCUUAGAUGCCUGCAAGAGACGGCUGGAGACCAUAGAGGACCCGGACUGCAUUGAGGACACAGAGCUAUAAUAAACGUUGCUGUAGAUGGGCCCUCCUGCUAUGUGCUCAUCCAGGCUUAAAGGUCAGUGGAGCAUUGUGGAGUCACGUAUGGACAGGGAGGGCGCAGUGAUUUACCUCUCCUGGUUCCUCAUUGGUAACAAAGCAGAAAGGACACUGUCAAGAGGAAUAUGUCAAGCAGGAAGAGACGAGUGUGAGACAAAUCCCUUACAGGAUCCUUUUACAGCGUAUUGUCAGCCUCAGGAGGAUCACUGUAGAUAUCUCUUUGUGUCGGUUGGUUGGAGUCCCCUCCACUGCAUGUGAACAAACUGAAAGGCAAUUAUCAGAGUGCAGUGUUCACUGUAUGCCAUUUGACAUAGUGAACAGAGAAUUGAUGCCCCUGUGGGGUAAAUCCUACCACCUCAUGUGCCUGCAUUGCUCGUGCCUGUGCAUUUGCUUAAAAGUGUCUUUUGUCUCAAAUAGCUUUGACAUUAACCUCAUUCUAACUUUAUUAGUAACUGUUUUAUUUGCAAUAGUCUAGGUAACAUUUUCACCCAGAGUAACUCGACUGUUUCUUUACUAAUAUUCCAUCUCUGUACAUGUUUACAUACAGCAAGCCAUGUCAGUCCAAGUGUGGCUCACUGGCAAUGCAGGCCAAUUGUUUAUUGAAAUGACUGUUAUGAUUAUCUGUAGAAUGUAAAAGCACAAUAUCUUUAGAUCAUUUUAUGAGACACAUUAUAGCAUGUUGCAGUUCAAUAUUUUGCAUGUUCAGUCCAUACGGAUUUAUAAACCUUUGUAUAUCACUUGUGUCAGUUUUGACAAUAUGACAGUCUUCCAACUGAGUUUUUUUUUUUAAUA